CAUGUGACCAGCCGGGGACAGGGUCACGUGAUUACCGGUCACAUGAUCGGAGUCCAGGCAUCGCAGUGAAUGGGAGCGAGUGCCCCCUCUGAACAAGCGGAUAGCGCAGCAUCGGGAUGGUUUGGCUCGGGUUGUUAGCCGUGCUGUUGGAAGUCUCUCUUAGCGAAUCUGCUCCAGCCAAGGACGAGAUCACUUACCUCCCAGGGCUGCUCAAGCAACCCAGCUUUAGACAGUACUCCGGAUACCUGAAUGCGUCUGAAAACAUACACCUCCAUUACUGGUUUGUGGAGUCUCAGGGCCAUCCUGAAAGUGAUCCUGUUGUACUGUGGCUGAACGGAGGACCUGGCUGCAGCUCCUUGAAUGGGCUUCUAAAUGAACAUGGGCCUUUCUUGAUCCAACCAGAUGGGAAGACACUCCAAUACAAUCCUUACUCCUGGAAUCUGAUUGCAAACGUACUGUACCUGGAGUCACCAGCCGGGGUCGGAUUCUCCUAUGCCAAUGACCAGCAGUACCGGACCAAUGAUACUGCGGUUUCAUUCAAUAACUACCUGGCUCUGAAGGACUUCUUCCGCCUGUUCCCUGAAUACAGCAAGAAUAGUUUCUACAUCACAGGGGAGAGUUAUGGAGGAAUCUACGUGCCAACACUGGCAGAGCGUGUCAUGACUGAUCACAGCAUCCGCUUUCAGGGAAUGGCUGUUGGAAAUGGAUUAUCCAGCUGGGAAUACAAUGACAACUCUUUGGUUUACUUUGCUUUCUACCAUGGCCUGUUGAGAUCUACACUGUGGUCUGAUCUCCAGAAGUUCUGCUGUUCUGAAGGAAAAUGCAACUUCCAUGACAAUAAAAACAAGGACUGUCAGUUGAGGGUUAAAGAUGUGUCAUUCAUCGUGUGGUUCUCUGGUCUGAACGUGUACAAUUUGUAUGCUGAUUGUGUUGGAGGUGUGCCUGGUGAGAUUCAAUUUGAUGGGAAUCGCAAACAGCUGGUCAUCAAUGACUUGGGAAACUUGUUCCCCAAAAAUCAAAUGAGUCUCUGGUGGCAGAAGAAACUGCAAGAUGUACAUCAGAGACACAGAAAUGUUCGGCUUGAUCCCCCAUGCACCAACACCACUGCCUGCAGCAACUACCUGAAUGACCCGGCGGUGCGGAAGGCUCUGCAUAUUCCUGCCUUUGUGCAGAAAUGGGAGAUGUGCAGCGCACUAGUGAACCUGUUAUAUCGCCGGCAGUACAGUGAUAUGAAAGAUCAGUACCUGAAACUGCUGUCUACUGGGCAAUACCAGCUCCUAGUUUAUAAUGGCGACGUGGACAUGGCCUGUAACUUCAUGGGAGAUGAGUGGUUUGUGGAGUCACUUCAACAAAAGGUGACGGUGAACCGUCGGACCUGGCUGUAUAAUGAUAGGAAUGGUGAACAGGUGGGCGGAUUUGUCAAAGAGUUUGGCAACCUCACUUUCUUGACAAUAAAGGGAGCAGGACACAUGGUGCCAACAGACAAACCUCUGGCUGCAUUUACGUUUUUCAGCCGUUUCCUUCAUAACGAACCAUACUGAGACUGACACAAGAUGAACUGCACCAAGAAAUCCACGGAUUGAGGUGACGUUGCUGGACAAGUGUGCACCUAAAUAAGAGUUUCAAGUUUGUUUUGAGGCAAUACUUUGCAGGAUUGAGAGUUGAUGUUGGAGAGCUGUGAGCAAUUCAUGAAACAUCACUUCCAAACUGAAAGGGUUAUUGCCUCCUGACACACUCUUAAACCAAGUCUUUUCUGUGUUUGAGACCUAUCUAUAAAUAUUAAGUACUCCCUUUCAUUAUUGGCACGCUCCUAAGAAUCACUCCUGAGGCCCAGCCUCUUUGUAGUUAUUUGCAUGUUACAGGUGACAUUAGAAACACAAAUGAAAUUCUUCUAUCUUUAAAAUGAUUCAGCAACUUUCUAGCAAAAAAUAAUUGUCCAACAUAAGAAAUGAAAUGUUCUAAGGCUGAGCAUUAGGGAGAGUGUGCAACUUUAAAUUGUAUGGUUUGCCAUUUCUAACCUUUGCUGCUGUGCCACGUGUUAUUUACUGUGAUUGAUUUCUCUUGUAAAUCUGGGGCAAUCAGAUACAUGGAUUUUCUGAAGAAGGGUCUAGACCUGAAACAUCAGCCUUCCUGCUCCUCUGAUGCUGCUUGGCCUGCUGUGUUCACUCAGCUCUACACCUUGUUAUCUCUCUUACCAUGGGAAAGUGUCCUGCGUACAGCACCUAAACUGUCCACCCUUCGUGCUACUGUGCUGUUGUCUUCGACUUUCUUGUUCACAGCAAAGCACCUUGUUAGACAGAUCUAGCAAUCUGUGGGUGAGAACUGUUUUUGAUGAGCAAUUGAUUGUACAUGUGAGGUUGAGCCACAGUGAUACCAUUAAGCCAUCUAAACAGCGCUUUGUUUUAAAGAAUUCUCACAGGCAGAAAAUGAAAAUUGAUGAUCCAAUCACUGAGUUGAGGCAUGCAAACAAAAGUGAGAUAGGACGUGGCGUAUCACGAACAAACUUUAAAAAUAGAUUAUUUUAAACAAUGUUACUAACCAUUAUGGAGGUAUUAAACAAUAUUCCACAGUCAUAAAAUUACUUGCUCAAAGCCAAAUCAAUUGUUCAGUAUUAAUUACUACUCUGAUCACUCUUGAAAACCCCUGUUACACCUUGGAGUCAAGUUUAACUUGGAGUUUUCAACAGUGAUGGGACUGGAAAUUCUCACCAACUCAAUUGAUUUCAUUGAUCACUGGCUCAGGUUAGCAGAUAGGACUUGGCCCAUUAUGUAAUAAAAACCAAAAGAACUGCAGAUGCUGUACAUCAGGAACGAAAACAGAGUUGCUAGAAAGGUCUGGCAGCAUCUGUGAGGGGAAUAAACAGUUAACGUUUCAGGUCGGGUGACCCUCGGAACUGGGAAAGCAUAACCUUUCCAGAAACGUUAACUCUGUUUUUUCAUUCACAGAUGCUGCCAGACCUGCUGAGCUUUUCCAGCAACUUUGUUUUGCUCUCGGUCCAUUAUGUGCCUCAUGAUAGAGCUGUCAAUGGCGGACCACAACAUCAGGAUUUCUGCAUUAAUUUGCACUUGUGCUAAAUCCCCAGGCUGUCAGUUUCAAAGUGGCAAUGACGACAAUGAUUGCUAACAGUUCACCACCCAAAAAUCCCACUCAGUUUCUGGACCAUUAGCUUUCUACCUUCUCCCUGCUAUUGUAAAGGGCUUUUGGUGGAAAGUCUCUUUUAACCCGAAUAACUAUCAAGUUAUUUCGAAUGAAUAUUCUUUUGCAAGCAGGUUCGAUAAUAACUUUAAAACAAACUGGGAUAGAUGUUUGAUAAUUCAAAUCGAUGCAGAGUUUUGAGAAGAGUGGGGGAAUGGGACUUAGUGAAUUCAAAGAACCAACAUGAGUUUGAAGGGCUGAAUAGCUCUGUGUAUGGAAAAAAAAAUCGCUCCUCCAUUAAUAGGAUCCUAAGGCUCCACACACAUCUGCCAGCUUGCUGAUUAAUGAAGAUAGAAAGGUGAAGCCAGCACUGUCUUCACUGAAGACUUUCCUCCAAAAUUUGCUCUUAGACUUGAAUUACUCUUUGCUGUAAUAAAUGUUGCCAAUUUGGCCUGGUCCCUUCUGUAUUCAGGCUAAUUAUGUACAAAGAACAACCCAGGAUAAAUGUUCAAACAUUCAGCUAUUGAGAACAGUCAGGCUUCCCUGCAAAGGCUAGUCAGGUUUCAGGUUGGUGAGCAGGAAAAGUAACCAAAGUAGACAGUGUAAGGUUCAAGGAAGUUGAAUAUAUUUCUGGAUUGCGCAAUGGUAGAGAGAUUGGUUGAUUUUAGGCAACGAAUAAAGAGGGAACAAAUUUGUUCAAUGUUAGCUUUAAUUGUUGUUGUGAAUUGAGCACAGAGUAGGGAUCAAGCUAUUUCUGGUGGUUGGCCCGGGGGUUGGUUAACAUUGUAUCUGUAGACAUGCCCUGUUAAAAUAAGGUGGCUUUGUCUUUUCUCUGGGUGAAGUCUGGCCACAAUGUUUGAUUUACUGUACAUUUUUGAUAUGUUAGUGUUGAUAAAAUUAAACUUGCAGAAAUUUUAA